GGUGUGCUGCACGCGUCGACCUCGAGGAGAUGACCAUGCUCCAGAUUAUAAUUUCAUAGCUUUUAGAUAUCGUGUCUACCGUCCUUCCUUUGUUCUCAUUAUCUACCAGUUUUUUUUUGUUCCAUCCAACUGACCAGGAGAAAGAUUCAGAUCAACGUUCCUCUCCAUCAUGGUCUUCGGUCUCUUCACUCGCAAGCCCGAUUCCUCACCAACACACAACGACCAACUACACACACCCUCUCCCUCAAUUUCACACCCUGACUCUCCAGCAGCCCUCUCACCCACUCCACCACCCAAUUCCUGCACCACCGAGUCUGAGCCCAACUCCGAGGUAACAGAUCCAACAGCCCUCUAUGACCUCGUGCGCUCCGUCCCUCCGCAGACGCUACACGCGUACACCCUCGCCUACCUCUGCCCCACCUCCGAUCUGCCACAAGCACCCCCCUCCCCACGCACACUCACCGCCCUAAGUCACUUCUUCAACGCACUCUCCCCGCCACCACAACUCCAUUGUGUGCGCUGCCAUGCCUCCUUCUUUGACCUUUCAAAUACAGACACGUCUUGCCGCAUUCCACAUGAUGAUGAAAGCGCCCUCGUUGAUCGUGCGGCGUAUGAGACGUUGUGGGGUUGUUGUGGAGGGAGCGUUGAAGGGACAGGAGAUAUGGGUCCCCCUGAUGGGUGGUGCUAUGAGGGAAGGCACACGACAGACACCAAACGCGCGCGUUUCCGCGCGGAUUCCACCAUCCACGACGACAAACUAGUCUCGUGCGCUACGACAGGAUGCCAUGGCCGCAAACGCAAGCGGAGCGUAUCCGUCUCCAGCGGUGACCUGAGCCCCAGCACAAAGAAGAAAGAAAAAUCGAAGGUAAACGCAAAAGUAAACGACGUUUCCCCACCGAAGUUAGUUCGCAAACCCACUUCAAAGGCAUCCACGCCUAGGCCUACACCCAAACCGCUAUCUAAAUCUGAUACAUCCACAUCCUCUGUUACGCUCACCCAACCACGCAUCAGGCCCCUACCUAAAUCCAACCUUCACCAAUCCCACGUCGUAUCACCCACCGUAGACGGCGUUUCCGAAUCCGAGAGUGAUACACGACAACACGACGCAGAUAUUUUCUCGCGUCCUACUAGAGAACGCACAAGAACGCGCCCAACUGUUGACGAGCACAAACGCCCUCCUGCUGACGAGCACAAAACCCGCACUGUUGCUGACGAGAACGUGUGUAAACCGCGUACAAGAAGUGCAGCACGGGAAGAGCGGAGUGUCUCGCGUACGAGGGCAGUUGUGAGAGGCGGUUCUGUGCGUGUGCUGCGGGAGCGGGAGAGAGAGAAGGAGAAAGGGAUGAGCGAGUCGGAUGCGGACGAGAGGGGACGAGGCAGGGGGAGAGAAGUAAAGAAAAGAAGGGUGGGUGUAUGAGUCGUGCGUGUGGGUCAUCCUGUGUGUGUGGAUGAGUCCGACACAUAUAGCUAGUAUUAUUCCGGUGCGCCCCACCACGAUGCUGACGAGUACGGCAGUUGAUCUAUCGUGUUAUAUCUCGACGUGUAUAUCCUAUAACCCUCUUUUGUUCUGACUCGAAGACGAGUGUAUGCUACUACCUACGGAGGUGCACAAUGUGUAUUUAUCUUGACCUUAUUAUAAUCGCUAUGCCGCUUUAGGAGGCAAUAUACUGUAUCUCUACUCGAAUCCAGUAUGAAAUUCAAUUCCAGCAUCAUUCACGGUC